AUGGCCAUUAGUCUCGAAGACCUUAUAAAAGACAACAAGGAACGGUACCCAAAAGAGCAUGUGUAUAAUUUCGAUUUCUUUCACAAUUAUAUCCAAUACCUGGUUAAUGCCGCAACCGAAGAAGUGACGAUGAACAUGCCGCUCAACUUCAAGCCCCUUUUUCGUCUGGACAACAAGGCAGUGGACGUGGCAGAAAUGAUCCCUAUACCCAUUGGAAUUAUUCGUGGAGCGUGGAGUGUCGAUCCGGACAAAGAUGUAGCCCUUUACUGGACGAACCCGAAAUUCAAACCUUCGACCCCGGUGUCCCCGAUAUUCAGAGAAAUUGCUAGCAGCUUUGGUGCAAAGUUUGCCGGAUCUGGCGGUCCAAGCAAAGCAGCUCCGCGCCACUAA